AUGGAAGUCCGCAGCAGCCGUGGAAGCAGCAGCGGCAGCCGCCGCGCGCAGCCCGCGCCAGGGAAGCGUGCGCCCGAAAGGAGCUCCGGUGGCGAGGCAUGCCAGCCCGGCGCCGCCACCGCCGCCUCCGCGGGCGUCCGCCCGGGACCGAGCCCGCCUCGGCCCGCCGCCCCUGGCACCGGCCUUCCCGAGCGCCUCCCAGGCUCUCCUGGCUCCGAGUCCUCCUGA